ACCAAAUUGUUUUAAGCUACCACGACAGUCUCUUACGCCAGUCUGAUCUGUCUCUUCUGCAACUAGGGCAGUGGUUGAAUGACAACGUAUUGGGCUUCGUAUUUGAAUAUUUCGAAAAAGAAAAGUUUUUCAAUUUCGCUAAUAAAGCAACAUUUGUUAGUCCACAAGUCACUCAGUUUAUAAAGUUUGCUGGUGAUGAUGAACUUGGGGUUUUCCUAUCACCUCUUGAAUUAAAAACCAAGGAACUUGUCUUCUCUUUCAUUAAUGAUAACCAGACCAGGUCAGCUGGCGGUACUCACUGGAGUUUCAUGCUGUUUCAUCGCAGACUGCAUAAGUUUCAACAUUAUGAUUCAUUACAUAAUAUGAAUGCUAGUGUAGCACGAAAAAUCUCUGAAAAACUUCUUCCAUAUCUUGGGGUUAAUGAACGAACCACAUUUGUGAAUGAAAAGUGCCCUCAACAACAAAACUAUUAUGAUUGUGGCCUGUUUGCAGUGUCUGUUGCUGAAUACCUCUGCCAAGUUCAUCUGUUAAAUGAGAAACAAAGUUUAAAAUCAAUAGUUACUCAAGAUAGUGUUACCAAAAAACGAGACGAAAUCAGAAGUCUCAUAAUAACAUUGUCUGAAAACAGCAGCAAAGAAUGCAGCUCAGAUUUCAUACCAAAGUCUGAAUCAGUAUGAAGCUUUGCAUAUGUUAAUGGAUCCUUUAUGAAA